CUAUUUCCAUUUCGUAUUUUCCGUUCCUCUUUUUUUUCAGCUUAAACGAAUAGGAGAAUCGAGACUCAUUUUGUUCCUCUUUCUUUAUUUUUCCUUCCUGAUUUUCUCUGAUAAGCUAGAUAACGAAGUUGAAGAAAACGACCAUGCAACCGAGUCAUCGUACUCGUUCGUUCGAUCCAGCACGGUCCGUUACUGCCACUCCCACCAUCGAUCCUGCUGCUGUCGAUUGGCAUGAUUUCGCCGCCAGACAAUCCAAGAAUCGAACUGACAAAGGUACAACACCAGCACCAGCACCACCACCCACCCGAUUCAGUCGUGCGAGGACGACCCAUACUACUCCCACCACACGCCACUAUCGUCCUUCUUCGGCCCAAGGUCGUUACGAUUCGUCCAAUCCUAAACCACCCAUCCAUACCGAGUGGUCCAUUGCCAAGAAAUUGACAUGCAUGCCCGAUCCUCCUUUAUGUUUCUGCGGCAAACCAGCGUCGCGGAGACGAACUCCCGAGUUUGGUCCAAUUCUGGACUGUCAUUAUUUCACACCGUGCAACAAAUUGUCGGAAUCACAACGUCAAACCGAUACGGAUCAGCCACCACCGCCAAAGAGCCGCAGUAAUAUUUGUGGUUUUCAUGUCCAUCAGCGACCGUGGGACGAGUUCCGACAGCGUUUGCGAGAUGGAAACGAUAUUGACCCUUGCGAUUCGGAACUCGAUAUCUGUCCAUCGUUCAACUACACAUUUUGCGUGAUCUUCCGUGCGAACAACCCUUACAAAAAGACCACUCCCCCUCCGCCCAAAUGUUUCUGCAACAUGCCCGUCAUUCUCGAAGAAGGCAGCAAUAAACACGAAAAACGAUUAUACUUCACAUGUCGUCAUCUUAAUAUAGACGGCGCACGGCCAAAGUGUAGCUGGUUUUUGUGGGCGGAGGAUGUGCCCUUUUAUGUCCCGAAAUACCCCUUGCAUGCCCUGCCAAUCUCGAAACCUACUCCACCAUCGCAUUCUCGUCCACCAAGCAAUACUACUGAUAUUAAUGCAAUUGUCAACACUGCAUCACCCCAGCUCCGGCGUUUGUCCAUACGAGAAGAAGAGCAAUCAUCCACCAGUCCGCCAUCGAUGGAGCCAUCCACUCCCACUUCGUCAUCCUCCGCAUCUCCUUCCAACAGCAUUACAUCUUCCUCGCAUCCUCCAUCCAUUCCCAAUUCCAUUGACCAGCCUAUAACAGAGAAUAAACCCACUCCAGUAGAGGAGAUCCUCGAUGUCACCCAAGCCGAGAAUGUGAUUCCUGCAACGGAACCUUCACCAGCCCUGGCCGCCAAGCCAUUGGCUUCGGAGAAGAGACUCAGUAUGUCAUAUUCUAACCUUCCAUCGACGACAAUUUCGCCUUCGAAUUUAACGGGCGACAAGGAUCAUCAUGUUUUCCAUCAUACUCGACAAAAUACAUCACCUCUGUCACCUAAAAAAGAAACUUUAUAUUCACGACCGACCUCCUUUGACCAGCGAAAAUCCGUAUCCGAGCCCGGAAACGAUAAAGGGGAAUUCAUUCGCCUGCUUUCCAUGGCGAAUUUACCUAGAAAUGUGACCCUGAACGAACCAAAAUGGGGGAACAAUUACUCUUACGAUCAGUUCAUUUACGGACAGAAACCCCACGAAUCUCCCACCAUGGCCAUACGCAGUAAUGGCUAUCUUUUACCGAGCGCUGUUUUACAAAAUACUCUGGGCAAACCGGGCAACAAAUUGUUGUUGGAACAUCAGGGGAAUGCGAUGAGAAAUCCCUCGCCGCCACGGUGUGCUUCGUCUGAGGAUCAUGAUGCCGAGGUAAAGACACUGGUUCAGAAGGUAAAGGAUCUGGAGCAGCUGUGCGAGCAGCUUGAAGAAAAUACCAGUCGGGCGACAAAAGAUUACGAGUACAUGUUGACCACCAAACAAAAGCUGGACGAUAUCUGCCGACGAAAGACGGCUUUGGCGGAAUUAAUGGAAACUGAGGUUCAGCAAUUACGAAGUCGCCAGAAGCAAAUGGAUGACAAAUUAUCGGAAGAAAUCGAUUUACGAAAAAGCUGUCAAAAAAAGGUGGUGGAGCUCGAUGAUUUCGUGAACCAUAUGCUGCUAAAACAGGACGAGCUGUCGGAAGAGAAUGAACAGUGCAAGGAGAAGCUGGCUUACAAAGACUCCAAAUGCCGUGUGUGUUUCCAAGAAAACAUUGAAUUCGCUCUUAUUCCUUGUUAUCAUUGUGCCUACUGCAAAGACUGUGCCGAGAAAUUGAAGGAGUGCGCUGUCUGCCGUACCCCCAAAUUUACGGUUCAAAGAAUAUAUCUCCCUUAAAAAAAAUUCCAUCACUAUAUCAUUCAACAUACAUUACGUCGUAGUAACUAUCGAAUCUUUGGGCUUGCGCUCUAUUAUUUUCUGUAUGGUUUUAAUUCGAGAAAUAUUCAACUUAUAAUACUUUCCAUUCAUUCGAUAAAAAAGACAACUAUUGCCCACACAUCAAAUUACAUAAAGUUCCUUUGGAG